GGACAGAUUAUGACAUGUCUACUCCUCCGCAACAGCUCGAGUGCAGUUUCCCCGCGUGACGCGUCUGCGUGUUGGCCGCGUGUCAGAUACGCGCCGCGCGUCUGCGUGGACCCCGGAGCGAGACGAGCACUCUGCGCGCGAGGAGGAGCGUGGACACGGGGCGCAGGCAUGAAGGAGAGCGGCCGACUGGGUCUCGGGCGGAAGGCGCUGGCGGCGGGCGCGUGCGCGUGGCUCCUCGUCGGCUCCGCGGCCCUGCUGCUCCUGCUGCUCCGGCACCGCGAGCUGACGCGGGAGGUGGCGCGCCUGGACGCGCACACGCAGGAGCUGGAGCGGCUCUGCCGGCUGCAGGCGGCCAUCCUGCCCGCGGCACCGGAGGAUGGGGGGGCGAGGAGGCUCCGGCGCAGCAGGAGCGACCAGGAGGAGGCGGAGGGCAAGAAGGACGUGAUGAUGCUGAUGACAUACUCCAUGGUGCCUGUCAAAUCCGUCGUGAACCUGUGCAGCUCUGGAGGAAUUUGUUUAACAGGUCCACCCGGGCCCCCAGGUUUGCCUGGUAGAGCCGGUUCCCCGGGACCUCAGGGUGCGCCCGGGCCGGAGGGGAGACGGGGAAGAAGAGGACCCCCUGGGGAAAAAGGACACCCGGGACCUAAAGGAGAUCCUGGGCCUCUCCGGCUGAAAGGAGAGACCUGCAGCGACAUUCUCAUUGAGGGUCCCCCCGGUCCAAGGGGUCCACCAGGUCCACCGGGUCCAUCGGGUCCAUUCUGUUGUUAUCCAAAUGAAGAAAUAAACACGACCAUGAGAGAACGCACGCACCAGACCAAGAUGUUGAUGGAGUCAGCCCCUCCUCUCUUGACCAGAGAGGCCUUCGGUGAAACAGACAGAGAAAACAUCAGCAGCUCACCACAGGAUAAGAGUGAGUCACCAACGCCACAUGAAGUCUUCAGUGUUACUGAUUCUACAGAACGUCCCGACACAAAUGAAUCAGCAUUACUCCAUCCAGACGAUGGCCACAGUGAUACCAGCACAGUACUGGUCACAAAGGAGCCUGUAACGCCACCGACAGUCCUGUUUUCUGGAGAUGAGAGUCACAACAAUGAUGCGUUCAGGGGCAGUGAUAUUAUCACAAACUCUACAACACAAAGUGAGUUAGUGCCACAUAUUCCAGACUACACACGUGACUGGAUGGAAAUCAACACACAGGAUGCUACAGAAGCUCCGCUUGGCUCAUUAACCAGUGAAGGUUUACAGACACCGACCCCCACUCAUAAUCCUAGAGAUGUCAGUGAGAAACCUCCACAUGUACACGAGGAACCUGAUUCACCAUCAUUUAAUGAGGACUACAGCAAUCACUCAAUGAAUGGCUCCAACCUAGGGAACAUUACUGAUACACCAAUACAAUUAUUAACAGCUCGUCUCUCUGCAGACGAAAACAGCGAAGACCUUAACGGAAACCGAAGCAUCGCUGGUAAACUUAUGGAAAGUGACUCUUCAUACUCGACCCAGGACGAGACAGAUUUGACUGCCAACGAGAGAUGGACACAAACUGACUCUCCACCAACCGCUUACAACUCGGCUGCUUCGGACGUUACGGACUCUGUGCCACAUUUCAACACAUACACGCAACCUGAGCUCGUCCCAUUUAAACACGACAGCAGCAACACAUUUACCCACAGCGACACAGAGAAUGUGACAGAAGUGCCAGUAAUUGUUUUACCAGCUACUGCAGCAUCCUCAACUCCACAGAGACUGGAUGACAGAGACAAUGUUACUGACUCCGAGAAACCUGGAGACACAAAAAAGGAAUCAGAGUUAGUCUCGUUUCAUCAAGACGACAGCCACAACAUCUACAAUGAUACUAACACAGAGAAUGCUACCGAGGCACCAGUGAAACCUUUAACAGGUUUUAAAAGCUCAGGUUCUGUUGAUUUGAUACCAAAGAAUGAUGUCCUCAACACCAGUGGCAACGUUACAGCCAUAAAAAGUGACUCGCCUCCUUCACUAUGGAACGACAGGUUCAAUGUGACCCCCAGUGAGACAUGGAUAAGAACAGAGUGUAACAUUGUCACUGUUAAAUGUAAGGAGAAAGCCACCAAAAUGCAAAGCACGUUCGGAGCCUGGAUGUCAGACGCAGCGCGGCUGAAUCAAAGCCGGUACUGGGUGGCCGAUCAUUUCUCAGGUCGCGUUUUGUUUGAGUACAGGAACAUUUCAGCUUUUCAGAGCAGACACAACAGAACUAUAGACAUCGGAAGUUACUACCAGGGAUGUGGUCACGUUGUUUACAAUAAGUCCUUUUACUUCCACAAAGCAGGAACAAAGAAGCUCAUGAAACUGGACCUGAACACUGGGAGAACAAACACUCUGAGCAUGGAAAAUAGCAGAUAUCGCAGUCUGAGUUAUCUGUUUCAAAACUCGAAAACUUACUUCAAGUUUGCCGUGGAUGAAAAUGGCCUGUGGGUGGUUUUUGCAUCGGACAGCGAUGAUGACACGAUGGUUGCAAAGCUCAACACUGACACCUUCACGGUGGAGUCUGUCAUUAACACUGCAUAUCCCACAACUAAAGCAGGGAACGCUUUCAUUGCAUGCGGGGUGCUGUAUAUCACAGAUAACAGUGACAGAAUGGUGACAUAUGCCUUUGAUUUAAUGAAAGAGACUCCUCUUGGUGUCAAUCUGCAUAUAAGGGCAGAUAGCAGUACUUUGGCUAUGCUGUCAUACAAUCCCAACAAAAAGCUUUUGUAUAUGUGGGACAACAGCAGUGUGAAAUCCUGCAGAGUUAUAAUGGAACCAAGAUAAAAUGCCUGAACUCCAACAGCAGCCUAUUGCUGGUUGCAGUUUAUUGGCUGCUAAAGACAGAGGAAAGUUAUUUUGAGUGUAAAUACGUAAAUAUGACGCAAGCAACACACAACAGGAGCCUUAGCUGAAAGCUUUCGCUUGCCGGACGGCCAGCAGAGCUAAAACAGCGACAGGGUUGGGCCCCAAACGCCUCAGGCUUCACCGUCAAACAUAAACGGAUGUAAUGUAAAGCCACGGCCGACACCUGCUCUUCGAACAUGUCUUCAAUUAAUUUGACACCACUAAUGAAUUCUGCAAGUGUCUGUGUGUGCCUCAUCUGUCAGGGUCACAGUACAGCCUGUUCUCCACCAUCUUUUUAUGUCCAGUAAACAGGGGAUGGCCUGAAAACAAGCUUGUUUAUUGGGGUAAAAAGUUAGAAUCAAUCAAUAACUGUUAAAAGGUCAAUUGGGUUAAUAACAUAUGACUCGUUUUCACAUGACUGCUUUCUUUGUCUCUGUUUACCUCGCAGCUUCCAAGCUGCAAUGGCCGGAAAUGAGGUGCACUGAGGUUUAGCAUGUCUGUAGUUUGAAGGUGAAGGGUGGUGGGUUUAAAAGGAAAAAUAACCAGAAAAUUGUUCACAUAUCAUACACCUGGGGCGCUCAAGAUAAUUAUGACAUGUUUUUCUUUAUAUCACUUGUCUUGCUCUUUUUGAAUUAUUAUAUAAAGUGUGAAAAUAAAAAUGUUUUUUUUCUACUAAUAAAUUUUAAUGUCACAGUAAA